UAGAAGCUCAAAGACAUCUAAAACUUAAAUCAUUAUGUCUGACAUCAACUUUUAACAUGAGACACGUUCUUAGAAUAGACUCCUGCGACACACCGGAGCAGAUCAUUGCAAAACAAAGGGAGUACUGGCGGGUUAAAAAGAGAGAACAGCGCGCAAAGAUGACCAUGGAGGCCAAGGCCAGACUCAAGGAGAAAGACACCCUGAUGCGACGUGUCCGACGCUACCAGAACAUCCUGGAGGACAUGAGGAGGGCCCGAGCACUGGCCCAGUCGUCAGGAAGCAGCCUGCGCCAAGCGUCUGAAAUCAUCGGGGGUUUCAUCAAAGAAGAUGGGACGGUGUCUGAUAACGUUCCUCAGUUUGUUCCCCUAUAUCAAAACACAUCUAAAAGUGGUGAAAGGCUUCACACUCCAAAUCCUGUUGAUGCUCAGUGGAGACCUCUUUGUGUCAAGCAGCACCUCCCUCAGGUGAACGUGUCCCUUGCUAGAGUGGCCACUAAAAGCACAAACACAUCAGCCAUUCCAAGUGCCAACAGCCAUCUCACUCUUACUCGUCCUCAAACACAGCAGAAUUCCCUUCUUGGGACUCUGCCCCAGGGUGGUUGUGUCAUGAGAAUGGCCGUGUCAAAUAGCGUGCUCGCCUUGGAUCCAGUAUUAACGGAGGAGAAUAGGAUGGCCAAAAAGCGGGAGUACUGGAGGGUGAAAAAGCGGCAACAGCGGGCUGCGCGGGCUGCCCGACUGAGGCAAAGUGUCUCUGAGGCGAGACAUGCAGCAACACUGCAGAGGAGGAAAGCCAUGAGACAAGAAGCAGCAACAACCACUGUGGCACCAAGCAGGCCUCCAGUGGAGCGUCCAGGAAACCAAGCGCCUAUUUUUAACGACAGCCAGCCUGUCACGCCACUUUUAAAUGCCAUCAAACAGGAGCCCACACCAGCAGCUGACCUAAGUCAUGUCCCUCAAGCAGCCAUAUGUCCAGACCUCAAACCUCCAGCCUCCCCAUCACCUCCAGUGCCCCAGCCUGAGCCAGACCCAGCUGUGGCUGCAGACAGCCAGGCUACCACUCUGCUAGCUGUGGCCUCCAUGAAGAGACUGCUGGAGGAGUCACUAAGCACCGUCCACAGUGAGUGUAAAAACGAAGAACCCCACAUUAAGGCUGAGAUUAAAGAAGAGGCUUUAGGGCCUAAUCAAAGUCCUGUGGCUCCCAUCGUUGCUGACCUGACACUGGAGGUCAAAACGCAGCCCCUCUUCAAGGACGACCAAACAUCUCCUCUUUCUACCUCAGACAUGGUCCUCCUGCAGCCCACAUGUAAGCGCUCACCCCAAAGCACUCCUCUGGUCAAUCGGGCAGACACCCCCAGGCUUCGUCCCACCAGGGCAGUAUCCAAUCAAAACUACCGCUCUACAGAGCCACCCAAGCUCCAUCACCUCUGCCAGCACAGUAGACAAAACCAAAUCAUCGGUGGUUGUCGGCAGGCAUUGGACAGAGUGGAGCAGAGCGCCAUGAGCAGUCUGCAGCAGAAGAGGGAGUACUGGAAGCUCAUGAAGAGGCAGCAGAGGGCUCGUUUGAAAAACCAGGGCCCAGCUCUUGCCAUCAAAUCCAUCAAAGUUGUGAAGUCCCCUGCAAAACUUCUCCCCAAAGCCUCCAUCCCUUCCUUUUCUACAGGGAGAAAAAUUCCCGUUCGACUGGUUCUCGGGUCCUUGUCUUGUAGUGCCGAGCAGUCAGUGGACACAAUCAAAGUAAAGCCCACCGUCACCAGUGAGCCAUGUGAUGUGAACGAGCCAUACACAACGUCAGCUUCACUUAAGUGGAUAUCCAGAAGCAAUGAUUUCCUCCCGACCCUAAAGCCCCCGGAAAAUCCUCUUUCCAGCAUUAAUCUGCACCCUAUCGAACCCCCUGGCCCUUCCACAAACACCACUCUGCGUCCGAUUAAAAUCACCCAGAGCACAAAACAUUUCCAAGCACUAGGACUUUUAAGUACUGUGGGUCCUCCGAAGCCUCUUCCUAGGGAGUCCAAGGAGGACUUUCAGAAGAGGAAGAGGGAGUACUGGAGGAUCAAAAAGAAGGAGCAAAGAGCCAGGAAGGCUGUUGGGGAUCAGGGGAUGGCUCCCAGGACAGCUUCCAACUGCAAACCCAUCCUGCAGGAUUCCAAUCAGUGGUUGACCUCCGAUCCUUUAAGUGAAGAGUCAGAACAUCUCAUCAGCAAUUCAAUGCAGACUGAGGCCUACUCAGAUUACACAGUGCCACUUAAAAGCGAGCUUUUGUUUGCCAACGACGAGCACCAUCCCGGCAGUGAGGAGGGUUUCAUAUCAGAGCCCACGUGGAGGAACAUCUACCUCAUGGACUACGACCCCCUCAACCAGCUGCUGGUCUGCAUGGUGUGCGGUAACCUUCAGUACUCCCACAGCCUGGAGGGGGUCCGGGCACAUAUCGAGGAGGCACACCCGCACACACUCACCCUGGAGCCCACCGAGCGACGAUGCAUCUUGGAGGCCUGGGAUGAGCAGGUGUCCCAACGGGAGCGCUUUUUCACCAGCCAGCUUCAGCAGCAUGGAGCUACUCUGCAGGAAACAUAUGGGAAGUGACGUACGUGCAGGUCCCCCCCACCGCCCCAAUCAGAAGAGAGUAACUCUACAUAACUCUACCUUGUUUAUUUAUUGUCUUCAUUUGUUUCUUCAACAUCGCGUGAAAGUCUGGGGCAGUACAUCUGGA